UCGCAGUUUACCAUCCGUGUGGAGUCUCGAAAAUUGUAAAAACUGACACGCAAUAGGCACAGAGGCCGAGUAUGUUCGGCUCGCCAUGUGAAUCGAUCGCUUUGUUGAGACUGGCUUUGCUAUCUGUAACACCGCACCGCGCUUGCGUAAAGCUUUCAGAUAAAUUGCGCUGCAAUGAAUCUGUGAAGAAAAGAGCGGCUAGCUAAAUACAACACCUUUAAAGUGCUACCAUAUCUGAUUAGGAGUACAAAGCGGCAAUCAAUGAUUUCACAUUGGACCUUGUAAACCAAGGUUUAGAACUUGCGUCAUUCACAAUUCACGUGUGCAACUAUUGAUCCCUUCUUCAAACACGAUAGGCGUGAUCGUUUCGCCUGGAUAAAUAGGGGUGCACACUGCGCAACAAACCAGCGAUUUGUGUGAGCGGACCACGUGUAGCCGCAGGAUAGAUUUCACCACUAUUUCUCUUACUACCCCGAAAACCCCACUAAGGAAAGUCAUAGUAUCACCUCCACAAUCGUCCGGAUUUUUAACUUACUCCUUGUGGAACUAUGGCCUGCGCUACCUUUGAAGACGCAGAAAGAAUCGCUGCGCACAUACGGGGAGUGGUUAAUCUGAAGCCACAAAUCGGCAUCAUUUGUGGAAGUGGUUUGGGUAAAUUGGCAGAUGUGGUGACAGAGAAGGUGGUGCUUGCGUACAGCUCCAUUCCAGGAUUCCCACAGGUCACUGUGGUCGGUCAUACUGGGAAUCUGGUGUUUGGAAACAUUUGCGGCAAGCCGGUUGUAGUUAUGCAAGGGCGUUUUCAUCAGUACGAGGGAUAUAGUGCCCGAGAAAUUGCACUGCCGUUGCGAGUGCUGAAGUUGCUUGAAGUGUCGACCUUGCUCAUUAGUAAUGCGGCCGGUGGCUUGAGCGCAAAGUUGAAGGUCGGCGAUUUCGUUAUGCUCAAAGAUCACAUCAGUCUGGCCGGGCUAUCUUUGAACAACGUCCUGGUAGGCCCUAACGAGGACAAGUUUGGUCCACGAUUCCCAGCCACGUCGGACGCCUACUGCCCGAAACUGCGAGAACUUAUGAAGCAAACUGCAUCAGAAUGUGGCCUAUCUCAUAGGCUCCACGAGGGUGUGUAUUUCCAAAUCGGAGGUCCCACCUACGCAACCGACGCGGAGUGCAGGUUGAUGAUUACUGCUGGGGCGGAUGUGGUCGGAAUGAGCACCGUGCCUGAGGUACACAUCGCACGUCACUGUGGGAUAACGGUCUUCGCCAUAUCGUUGGUCACCGAUCUAUGCAACCCAGAUAUACAUUCAUCGACGGUGACAACACAUGAGCAAGUGUUACAGGCUGCAAAUGCCAGUGCAAACGAUCUGGUGCGCCUUAUAACCGAAAUGAUCCGACGUCUGUGAUGAAAGCAUGACUCUAUCUGCUCGUUUGCUCAGUUAUUCACAAUAAAUUUGUAAUGCUUAAAAA